UCCACAACCGCGGCUGGUUCAUCCCGCCACUCGGCAGCACCAACCUCAUACUCAUACUCGACGACCGCCACCACCACCAAGCACCGGGACAGCCGUGCCGACGGCACCCGCUGCCUAUAAAGCGCCGCGCACCAACAUCCCGUCCCGUUUCCGAUUCGUCCCCGUCCCCUUCCUUCCAGCGCCGUCUCCGAGACCGUGGCUGUGCGUGCGCCCGUGAGCGGGGAUGGCGACGCACUUCGUGCUCAACACCGGCGCCAAGAUCCCCUCCGUCGGGCUCGGCACAUGGCAGUCCGACCCCGGCGUCGUCGGGGAGGCCGUCUACGCCGCCGUCAAGGCGGGAUACCGGCACAUCGACUGCGCCAGAGCCUACAACAACGAGAAGGAGGUCGGUUUGGCUCUGAAGAAACUAUUUGAUGAGGGUGUAGUCAAGCGCGAAGAUCUGUUUAUCACCUCUAAGCUAUGGUGUGGUCAUCAUGCCCCAGAAGAUGUGCCCGAGGCACUUGGGGAUUCCCUCAGUGACUUGCAGCUUGAGUACUUGGAUCUUUACCUUAUCCAUUGGCCAUUUAAAAUCAAGAAGGGAACAAGCAUUGGCAACCCUGAAAACUUCUUACCACCUGACAUACCAGCUACAUGGGGAGCAAUGGAGAAGUUGCAUGAUGCUGGCAAGGCUCGUGCAAUUGGUGUGAGUAACUUCUCAUCGAAGAAAUUGGGUGACUUGCUUGCUGUAGCUCGCGUACCUCCGGCUGUUGACCAGGUGGAGUGCCAUCCUAGUUGGCAGCAAUCUAAACUCCAUAGCUUUUGUCAGUCGGCUGGUGUUCAUCUCUCUGCGUACUCACCACUAGGUUCACCUGGUUCAACAUGGAUGAAUGGUAAUGUCCUCAAAGAACCAGUCGUCCUCUCAAUUGCUGAGAAGCUCGGCAAAACUCCUGCACAAGUGGCGUUGCGCUGGAACAUUCAGAUGGGUCACAGUGUACUCCCAAAGAGUGUGAGUGAAGAACGGAUAAAGCAGAACCUUGACGUUUAUGACUGGUCUAUUCCAGAAGACUUGCUUGCAAAGUUCUCUGAGAUUAAGCAGGGUAGGCUGCUCAUGGGCAACUUCAUCGUCAACAAAGACAGCGUUUACAAGACCCACGACGAGCUGUGGGACGGCGAAAUCUAGGACUGCUCCCGGUCGUGGCCGGUUCCGCCGCCCCAGACCAGAGAGCAGGGCGCCCUGCUAGCGUCAGUCACUUGUUAUGUAUCGCCGACCAACCUACGCGCUUAAGGAAUGUAAUACUAGAAUGAUUCAGCGCCCCCUGGGGCUGGGGGUCUGGGGGCUCUUGGGUGGACUGCUGCAUGGAUCGCUCGUGCAGUGAUGUAAUUUCUGCUAGUACUGUCUUGCCGAUGGAGGCAUGAAUUUAUCCUGUAGCUCUUCCAGCCACUGGUUUUUUUUUUUUUUUGUUUCUUCUGUACGGAACGGAUCGUCCAUCACAUGCUAAUAAAAAUGGGGCCUUUUCGUUUGUUUA